AUGGAUGCAGAAAAAUAUUCAGUAGCUGAUUCUGUUUUGGGAACAAAAGAAUUUUGGGAUUCUCGAUAUGAAUUAGAAAUUAAAAAUUUCAAUGAAUAUGGUGAUGAAGGAGAAAUUUGGUUUGGAAAAAAUGCAGAAAAUAGAAUACUACUUUAUAUUGAUAAACUUAAAUUAAGUAAAGAUAUUUAUUUUAUUGAUAUUGGAACUGGUAAUGGUAGUUUACUUCGAAGGUUGCGGAAAAGAGGAUUUAAAAAUUUAACUGGUAUAGAUUAUAGUUCAUCAGCCAUUGAAUUAUGUAUAAAAUUAUCUAAAAAUGAGGAUGAUGGAUGUAAUGACAUUAACUAUAAAGUUGAUGACAUUUUAAGUGACAAUCACAACACUGAGUUAAUUAAUAAAUUUAAUAUUAUUAUUGACAAAGGGACAUGGGAUGCAAUAAGUCUUUAUGGUGAUAGAGAAGAAAGAUUGAAAUGUUACAAAAAAAUAUCUUGUAAUUUUGCAAAAGAAGAACUUAUUGAAUUGUUUGAUGACGACAAUCUUCAAUUUGAAAGCGAUCUUCCAUCAUCAAAUACUUUUUCUUUUGGUGGUAAGGAGGGACAAACUUCUACUGGGGUUGUGUUUAAAAAGAAGUAA